AUGAGGCUUCAGGUCGGUUGUCCAAACAAUGAUUUCAAAGAGACAAAAUCAUUUGGUGAUUGGAUUCUUAAAAUUGGUGAAGGUACUAUCGGUGGUCCUAAUGAUGGUGAAAUUGAAGUUGAAUUUCCAGAAGAUGUGAUCAUUACCUCUACGGGUGACCAUAUUCAUUCAAUUGUAUCCUGCAUUUAUUCAUCCUUUCCUAAUCAUCUUGAUGAUCCAUCAUAUUUUCAUGAUAAAGUUAUUUUGGUCCCUACUAAUGAAGAAGUUGAUGCUAUCAACGACUACAUGUUCGAAUUGAUGAAAGAUGAAGGGAAAACAUAUAUGAGUUUAGAUUCCUUAUGUGAGACCGAGGUAGAAGAUUCUUUGGAGGAAUUAGUAUACUCUCCGGAUGUGUUGAAUGCUUUUAAGGCCUCCGGAAUUCACAACCAUAAACUUAUACUAAAAAAAGGUGUUCUGGUCAUGUUGCUUCGUAAUAUUGACCAAACUAGAGGACUACACAAUGGUACUAGAUUACAAAUCGUAAGGCUUGGAAGACACAUCAUUGAAGCACACAUCAUAUCUGGUAGAUUUUUCAACGAGACUACUUAUAUACCUCGCAUGAAGUUGACCCCAUCCGAUAAAAAAAUUUAA